UUCGCCUCUUCUCCCGCCGAGCUGAGGACACAGCUGCAUAUUUGAACUCACGGUGGGAGAACAUGUCUCCUCCUCCUCCUCUUCCUCCGAACAUUAAUCUCAGUUUGGAUUUUACCUCCAUGAAAACUGUUGCGGGAGUUUAAACCGACCGACCUGUGAGGGAAUGUGAGGUUAAACUUGCUCCUUUCAAAGCUUCACCAACACAUUUAACAUCUUCCUCCUCUUCUUCUCUUCUCGUAUGGACGUUGAGACACAGUUGGAAUAUUUACGCACUUUUUUUGUGAAUCUGGAUCUUUCCUUUCCUCUGGAGGUGGACGCUUCCCAUCCCGGGAAGUUCUCAUGACUUCACACCGCUAGCUAACGGCGAUCAAGGCUAUAUUCCGCAAAUGUGAGCUGUGUUCAUGUGUUUGUGUGAGACUGGAAAGCACCAUGAUUUCAGAGGAGAGAAGCAGCCACGUCAAUAAACCAGCCCUGAACCCUGUGGGUUUACUCAUCCGCUCGCCGAAGAGACGACUGGCCAAGCUGGGCAGGAAACCCAGCAAUGGGUCUGUGCAGUCCAACACCUCAGACAACACUGUGCACUCCACAGAGAGUGUCGGUGUCCGGCAGCCGGCCAAGAGUAAAAUCCGCCGCCACAACAACAGGCUUUCAUCUGUUUUUAACUAUAGCCCCAACCUGCGGGACAGUGGACGCCGUGACCAGGCGCAGUGCGGCGGGAGCCUCGGCGGAGAUCGCCAGGCUGCAGACGACCCAGCUGAGCUGUCCAGCCAAAUGUCUGUCCCUGGCAUCCUGAAGAUCUUUGGCAGUGACAUCUGUCAGGGGACCAACUACAAGAGUGUGCUGGCCACCACUCAGUCCAGUGCAAAGGAACUGGUGAAGGAGGCCCUGGAGAGGUACUGUCUGGAAAAAGAAGACCCCACUGACUAUGUUCUCUGCGACGUGAUUGGCCAGACGGGCGCAGAUAACCACUGGAAGAGGGAGUGUUUUCGUAUUGUCGGGGACAACGAGAAGCCCCUGAUGCUGCAGUCGCUUUGGAAACCCAAGGAAGGUUUCUCCAGGCGUUUUGAGAUCCAGCUGAGAGCGAGUGUUGAAGAGCAAAGCUUGAAGGACAGAGACACAGUCACAGCAGGCAUCAACGCUCAGGCUCGUAAGCUGCAGAAGAGCCGCUCCAGAGUGACCUCUCUGUUUGUGGAUGGCAGCGGAGAUGAUGUGGAUAGACUCGGGAUCUGGAGGAGCCUGAGUGAGAUGGAUCUGUCUGCGAUGGGCAAAGAGGCCAGCCGGGCCCAGCAGAGUGCGCUCAGAGAGGAUCCGGAGGCCGAGGCCGAUAAGGAGGUGCUGCGACUCGGUAUGGAGAAGGAGGAGACUGAGAGCAGUGACGACAACACCACCCAGUACUCCAUUCAUCCCCCCUUUGACUUCCCGUACUUCCUCCUGCUGCAGGGUUACAGCCAUAGACAGGAUUUUGUAAUCUACCUGAUGAGUGGGACGACCACCAUCUUCGGCUGCUGCAGGGAGCACAGUAAUGGUGAGGAUGAGGAGAGGCUAAAGGUCGACAUCCUUCUCUUUGCUCCUGAUGUGUUGCCUCAACACUGCUGCGUCAGACGCUUGGACUCUCACAACCAAACCUCCACUGGGGAGCACAGAAAGACAUUGACAAUGCUGAAGCCCCUCCACGGUGCUCCUGUGACCAGGAAUGGUUUUCUACUUAAAGAGGAGGUGGAACUGAACCCCGGGGACCUGGUGGGUUUGGGAAAACACUACCUGUUCAUGUUCAAGGAUCCUACCAGCUCACCUGGAUCCCUCCAGACGCCUCCUUGGAUGACAAGACUCUGCCCAAACUCUGAUACAAAAGCGUCAUCAUCUUGUUUCUCGUGUGGCUCCCCCAUCGCCACAAAAAGGCUUCAGAGGAAGCCUUUGCCUCCUCGCUGGAGGGACCUGGAGGGCACAGAGGCUUCGCUAAGCUACGAGCUGGAGCAGGAGGAGCAAGUCCUACAGGAGAUUUUGGAAAUGUUGGAUCCAAGUGGGAAUGAACCAAAGCUGACUCCUGCUUUCCUGCUGAGCCUCUGCAUCCAGCACUCAGCCUCCAAGUUCGAGCUGACGCACCUGAGGCAGCUGCUGCUCCGGAUUGCCAGUCAGAUCCAGCUCAUCAUGUGGGAGAAGACAAAGGAACUUGCAACCAUGCAGCCAGAAAAGAGCUCCAGUGACAGGGAGUCUGAUCAUCUUCAGCUGCCCAGCACAGAGGAGCUGAUCCCAGGUCUGCAGCCCCUGGUGCUGUGGAUGGCCAACUCCAUUGAACUGCUGCACUUCAUCCAGCACGAAGUCCCUCAGCUGCUGCCCUGGAGGCAGGACCACGAGGGCGAAGGUGUGUUGGACUCUGAGAUGUCAUCCACUCGGACAGCCUGUGAGGAAGCCAUGACAGUCGUGGAGGAAGUCAUCAUGUUCACCUUUCAGCAGUCUGUCUACUAUCUAACAAAGAGCAUGUAUUCAGCACUGCCUGGCCUGCUGGAUGGGAACCCUUUCUCAGAGAGCGGGCAGCUGCGAGUGCCUGACGGACUCGGUGGCAUCCUGGAAGUGCUGAAGGAGGCGUUGAAGCUUCUCACAGCUUUCCAGGUGCAUCCUGACAUCUCAUUACAGAUCUGCGCCUACCUGUUCUUCUUCAUCAACGCGUCGCUGUUCAACGCUCUCAUGGAGAGAGGAUCUGUUGCUGGGUUCUACCAGUGGUCCCGAGGUGUUCAGAUUCGGGCCAACCUGGACCUGCUGAUGGACUGGAAUCAGAGCAUCGGACUAGGCGACGUGGCCACUGAGUACUUCCAGAAGCUCUCUGCUGCUGUCAAUCUUCUGGCUACACCCAAAGAAACCCUCCUGCAGGCAUCAUGGACGUCUCUCAGGACCGAGUUUGCUGCGCUGAACCCGGCCCAGCUUCACCAUAUGCUGAGGGAGUAUACCUCAGGUAAAGCCUGUCCCAGCGGAUGGACCCCGUCACUGGAUGACGCUCAGGACGCUGUCAGGACAGGCAACAUCCUGGAGAGCUUUGACAACCACCCGCCGCUCAUCCUGCCCAGCAGCACCUUUCACCUGGAGCUGGGUAAACCCAUCGUGGAGCCAGCUCUGUUCGAACAGCUCCGUCGUCUGCAGGAGUUCAUUCACCGGCUCCCCUGCAGUGAAACCCAAGCCGAACCUGAUGUGGAGGAACAGGCUCCCGAUGGGACAACCACAGCCAGCCUGUCUACGACCUCACCCUCAGUCAGAGUCUACCAGGAUCCUGUCCAUCAGGUGGUCUCUGGACCAGUUACCUCCCCCUCUCCUGAGGCCGACCAGUACUCUACCGCCCUUCCUGCAGAACCUGCUCAGGCCCAUGGUUCUCACAGUGACCUUAGCAGCUGCGAGGCCGUCCUAACCCAGAAGCUGAAGAGCCUGGAGCUGCAGAACACCCUCCCAGGACAGGCAGAGAUGAGCUACCACAAGAGCCUGGCAUUGGACCCAUCCUGCCUGCUCACGCCACCCAACACCCCACAGGGUAUGGAGCUGGCCGAGCUUGAGGCUGAUCUGCAAGAGGGUGCCCGCCAGCUAAAGAAAGCCAGUGGAUGUGUUGAGAAGAAGGAAGAAAAUAUGGAAGAAGAAGAAGAAGAAGAAGAAGAGGAGAGAGAGGAGGUGCUCAUGGUGGAGCUUCACAGAGGACCUCACGGUCUCGGGCUGGCGCUGGUAGAUGGAACGAAAACACAGCUAAGAAUGAGUGGGAUUUAUGUGAAGUCAGUUGUUCCCGACUCUCCUGCUGCUCAGUGUCAGAAACUGAGAAUGGGCGAUCGCAUCCUUGCUGUUAACGGCAUCAGCUCGGUUGGUAUGGAGUACAACAUUGGCAGAGAACUGAUUCGAUCAUCAGGAGACUUGCUCAGACUGCUCAUUGCCAAGAUCGACUCAAAGGCAAACAGCAAGGGUUCGACUAAAUGCUGAAGAUAAAUAAAAAGUUGGCGGACAUUUAAGUGCAACUGGGAAUCCUGGAGGACGUCAGGCUCAUCCCUCCUGCUGCAUUCAAAGUUAGUAUUUGUAGCAGGAUGGAUUCCCCGACCAAAGGAUAACACACACCCUGCUUCUUAUUUCAGACUAAUUGUCUAAUAGAGCUGUGUGUGUGUGUGUGUGUGUGUGUAUGCGUCUGUGUUUGUGUGUGAGUGUGUGUGUGUAAAAAGCAUCAAGACAAUCAGCCAAAGCAGCACGUCUGACUCAGACACGAUUGUGGGCAGACGGAGGGUGAGGAUAGGUUUUUAAAAGGUCGUUUUGCAGUCACAGCUUCUUUCUGGCCCAUAAACAACCUGUGUCAGGCUUCUCUCUAUGCUCAUAAACCAACUAGGAAAAUAACUGCCUGUGGCGGUUCGCAGACUUAAAACAUCUAUUUGAAAACAGCAUUCUGUCUGAAGAGCUGCUGCAGGAUCGCUCCUGUCUGGGAAAAAUGGCUUAAAUAAUGGCUUUUAUGGCUAUUUUAAAACGUCUGUUACAGUAUUAAAUAGAAAAAACAUCUUACCCUGUCAUUUAGUCUGUUAAGGCACAUUCAGGCAAGAUCAACGUUCUGUGUCCAACACAAAUGAAAAUGCUGAUUAAAUUAUAUGGAAUAUAUUCUUGUUUACAGAAGAUCUAGAUAAUCAUGUGAAUCUGCAGCUUCCCUCAUCUUUAUGAAGCUAUACAGUGAGUGUCAUUCCAUCGUUCCACUCUCUCCUCCAUCACAGUGUCUUCUUCUGCAAGACAGUCGGUUAAAACCCACUGUUCAUUAUCAAACAUCAUGCAGGAACUGUUGAAAAGCUUAAAAGAAUCCAUCUAGAGGUGGUGGAGACGAAACACAGAGAUAAAAGAAUAAAUAUGGGACUUGUAUUCAUCAGUGGGACACAAGCACAACUCCUAACCAAUGGUAAUGUUCUGUAAGUGCUGGAUGUGUAAAUAUGCAACUUGAAAGGUGAUGAAGUGUCUGUGUUGUGUUCACAACCUUGAAAACAACUGGAAAAUAAUGCCAAAUAUAUAUUUUCAUAAAACUAAAACACUGCCAUACGUUUAUAUUUUAGCUCAAGUUUCAGAAAUGAAAGACAUUCUUUUAAAAUGGGACACUCUCUAUUAAACUUCAUCUGUAAAAACAUUUUACACAUUACUAAUAUGGAGGAUCUUCCUUAAAAGCUUUUCAGUCUGUAGUUUGGGUCCAAAUCAUAAAGUUAGUAUCAAAUCAACCAACAGCCUUUUGUUAGCUUAUGUGAUUUUUUCAUUUACUACAAUCUGCUGCACCCCUGAAGCCUGAUGUCUGUGUAUUUAUCCCAAACGUAAACAUUGUUCAAGUAAAGUUCAAUUUUAUUGAAACACACAAAGUAUUGAAUUUUGUUUUUUAUAUUUAUGUU